GGGGACGCGGAGCCACGUCCUGCAGCGCGGACAAAGGCGGGAGCGCGCACGUUCUUACGUACGCGUCGGCCGGCGGCGGGCUGGGCAGGGCCGUCAAGCGUGCGUGCCGGGAGCCGAGCCUCACGGCUCUGGCAGCAUGUAAACAACCUUUUGCCAAGAACCCAGGUCACUGCUGAGAAGGACUCAAAGGGAGACGAACAUCAGAGAACACCAAUGCCAGGUGUGUCUGGAGUAGUGCUCGGUACAGGCAGCAUGAAACGUUCUGUGCCAGCCUCUGCGUGCUACUGGAGAAGGCUGGGGCUCUCCAGGUAGGACAGUCCCGGGGCAGCCAGUGCCAGGAGCCUUCCAAAGGAGCAUGGGGUCCGCAACGAACUCUCUUCAGUUUUAGCUUAUGAAGGAAUUUUAAGUAAAGGUUACUUAAUUUGGUUUGAAGUGCUAGCAGUCACCCCUCUCCACUGGAAUUACCAGGAUUUUGCUGGCACCAAGGUGAGCGCUUCUUGGUACUUCUGGCAGUACAGAUCUUCAGGGCAGAGUCAGCUGCUGAAUGCUCUGGGGAAGGAAGAAAGUGAACCCUCUGGCGGCAGACCAUAGAGCUAAGCAGGCUUGAAGUAUCGGAAGGAACCAUCUGAAGACCGUGUUCGUUUGUGGAAAGGAAGGCACAAGCCUGGCCUGCAACGUCCACCAUGUUCCUGUUGCUGCCUUUUGAUAGCCUGAUUGUCAACCUUCUGGGCAUCUCCCUCACGGUCCUCUUCACCCUGCUACUUGUUUUCAUCAUCGUUCCUGCCGUUUUUGGAGUCUCCUUUGGUAUCCGAAAGCUCUACAUGAAAACACUGUUAAAGAUCUUUGCGUGGGCUACCUUGAGAAUGGAGAGAGGAGCCAAGGAGAAGAACCAUCAGCUUUACAAGCCUUACACCAACGGAAUCAUUGCAAAAGAUCCCACUUCACUGGAAGAAGAAAUCAAAGAAAUUCGUCAAAGUGGUAGUAAUAAGGCUUUGGACAAGACACCAGAGUUUGAGCUCUCUGACAUUUUCUACUUUUGCCGGAAAGGAAUGGAGACUAUUAUGGAUGACGAGGUGACAAAGAGAUUCUCAGCAGAGGAGUUGGAGUCCUGGAAUCUGCUGAGCAGAACCAAUUAUAACUUCCAGUAUAUAAGCCUCCGGCUUACUAUCCUCUGGGGCUUAGGAGUGCUGAUUCGAUACUGCUUCCUUCUGCCGCUCAGGAUUGCUCUGGCAUUCACAGGAAUUAGUCUCUUGGUGGUGGGUACCACUAUGGUGGGCUACCUGCCAAAUGGGAGAUUUAAGGAGUUCUUGAGUAAACACGUUCACUUAAUGUGCUACCGGAUCUGUGUUCGAGCCCUGACAGCCAUCAUUACCUACCACAACAGGAAAAACAGACCAAGAAAUGGUGGCAUCUGUGUGGCUAACCACACAUCUCCCAUUGAUGUGAUUAUUUUGGCCAGUGAUGGCUACUAUGCCAUGGUGGGUCAGGUGCACGGGGGCCUCAUGGGUGUGAUUCAGAGAGCCAUGGUGAAAGCCUGCCCACAUGUCUGGUUUGAACGGUCUGAAGUGAAAGAUCGCCACCUGGUGGCUAAGAGACUGACUGAGCAUGUACAAGAUAAAAGAACCUGCAUCAAUAACACAUCAGUGAUGAUGUUCAAAAAGGGAAGUUUUGAAAUUGGAGCCACUGUUUACCCUGUUGCUAUCAAGUAUGACCCUCAGUUCGGUGAUGCCUUCUGGAACAGUAGCAAGUAUGGGAUGGUGACAUAUUUGCUGAGAAUGAUGACAAGCUGGGCCAUUGUCUGUAGCGUUUGGUACCUGCCUCCUAUGACCAGAGAGAAAGAUGAAGAUGCCGUGCAAUUUGCUAACAGAGUGAAGUCUGCUAUUGCCCGGCAGGGAGGACUGGUGGAUCUGCUGUGGGAUGGUGGGCUGAAGAGGGAGAAGGUAAAAGACACAUUCAAAGAGGAGCAGCAGAAGCUGUAUAGCAAGAUGAUUGUCGGAAACCACGAAGACAGGAGCCGGUCCUGAGUCUGCAUCUCGUGCUAGCUGGAGCUACCGCCACCUGAUCCUGACACGUGAGCCAGCUGGAGUUGUUGCUAUGCAGCCUGUACCACCAUCCCUACCACCCAUUGCUGCAUCCCUCCAGACUCUGAGCCCUCAGGUUGUUCUGGAUCCCAGGAGUCCAGUUUCUUCAGAGCUCCGUGACCUGCCUGCUGUCCUGACUGGAAUGCUGCUAGGUGGGGCUCCCUAGGACAAGAUGUCUUGUUCCUUUAUAGUAAACCCAUUGGAGGAAUGCCAUUAAAGCGACUCUACCUGUGUGCUUUGCAGGUUAGCCAGUGAGAAGAUGGGCCCCAUUCUUCCCCUCUGGGGGGAGGUUGGGUGUUGGUGUAUAGUGACAUCCACGUGCUGGGGGAAAGUCCGUGGCUUCAGAAGAAAGGCAUUGCUGAGGUAGGCAUCUGAAAAUACCCCCAGCCUUGAAGCUAUUAGACUGAGCAAAAAGAAAACUAAACUACCCACAGGGGUAUUCAUUUCAUUCAGUAAAUGAAGCUUUAAGUUCUUGGUUCCUGCUUUCGAGGAAUUGCCAGAAAGGAUAGGAAGGGGCCAGCAAGCUUCCUUGUAAACACCAGGAGUCUCUACGUUCCGACUCCAGUCCUAGCCUAAAUUUCCCAUGUGACUUGCUGUUUAUUUAAUGAAUGUCUCAGUUUCCCUGUCUGUCACAUGGACUUGGCAGAGAAAAGGUAAUGAUACCUACCUCACAGGGUUGUUGUGGGGAUUCAAGUGAUAGUGUAUGUGAAGGACAUGUAAUGUUUGGCUGCACAAGGAUAGCGUCACAGAAUAUGGUGAGACGAGGUCAGAGUUCACAACUAUUGCCCAGGGUUUUGGACUUGUUUUGUGAAUAAAUAAAACUGGAUAUUGAAUGAAUUUAGGGACCUCCAUUCAUUCUCUGAGGACUGUUUCUUACCAGUUACAGCUGUCAUACUUGAAUAUAACCCUGGACUGCAGGGUCUCCUUUUGACUUCGGAAUGAGGAUAGUAUUGCUCAGGAGGAGGUAAACUUUCAAACAGUGUGUCUGCACAUCUCUGUAGAGUUUCUAACCUAGACACAGGUUUCUCCCCAUUUGGGGGUCAUGGCAGCUGUGUGUGAAAUACUGUGUGGAGGAGGGUGGAAAGAACCUGGGCAGGCAGUCUGGAAGUGAGGACAGUGGGAAACAGCAAGUAUUUGGGGGGUGCUGGGAAGGACUGGUGACUGAGGCAGGGAGGAGGGUGGGUAUGCUGCUGGUUUCUAUGACUAGAGAGGAAAUUACAGGCCUGUGAGCCACCAUUGUAGUCACUGGGGGCUGAUCCAUUUGGAGGCUUAUCAACGUUAAUUUCUUCCAAAGCGAUAACCUUCUGAUCAGUGUCCCCUUGUUCCUUAAUGAAUGGCACAGUUAUGGCACUUUUUAGGAUUUUGUAGGGAUCACAUCUUCCAGGUCACAUGGGAUUUAGGUUGUGCUACGAGUGCAGCUUGGCUCCUGAGACUGUAAACUGAGGCCACUAUCUGCUUGGGCACUGGGAUGUCACUCCCCACUUUGACCUCACAUAGCCUUACAUUUCUUCUUGCUGCUCCGUUGCCAAUAGGAAACACUUACCAGACACUUGGAACUGUAAGAACAGUCUCUUAUGCUCUUAUGAACUGUUUUACAAAAUGUUCAAGAAUAAAAAAUGUUUCCUCUUGUA